CCAAAGUGAUUUUAACUUAAUUAAUCUUUUUUUUAAAUAUUAAAUGAACUAAUAUCAUAGUCUAUCCGCAUGGUAAAGAUUUGCCGUUGAUAUUGGUCAGGCUAGGAGUAAGGCAGCUAUGUGUUGUGGGAGGGUCCUUAUCGCAAUAGAAAACACACACACGAGCAACACUGCUGAAAUCUCUCCUGUUUUCCGCUCAAACUGACCGGUUUCUCCGCUUUAAUUGAAGGUUAAAGGUUAAAGCAGCAUGUCAUCAGCGCUCGAAAAGCCGCAAAUCAUCGCGCACAUCCAGAAGAGUCUGAACUACACGGUGUUUGACAGCAGAUGGAUUCCCUGCAGCGCCAAGUUUGUUUGUAUGGGAAACUUCGCCCGAGGAACCGGAGUCGUGCAGAUCUAUGAGGUCCAGCACGGGGAGCUGCAGCUGGUCAAAGAGAUAGAGAAAGCCAAGCCGAUCAAAUGUGGGACGUUUGGAGCCACAUCUCUCCAGCAGAGGCAUCUGGCCACGGGGGACUUUGACGGCAGUCUUAAUGUUUGGAAUCUGGAGGUGCCGGAGAGCCCGGUGUACUCGGUGAAAGCACACAAGGAGAUCAUAAACAGCAUUGAUGGAGUGGGCGGAUUGGGCAUCGGCGACGGGGCCCCUGAGAUCGUCACUGGGAGCAGAGACGAAUUCAUGGUGUGCUCUGUUGAAUUUGACAGAAAAGACAUCAACAUGAACAAACUAGUGGCAACAUCUUUAGAGGGCAAGUUUCAUGUGUUUGACAUGAGGACCCAGCACCCCACCAAAGGCUUCGCUUCCGUGUCUGAAAAGGCUCACAAGUCUACAAUAUGGCAAGUGAGACAUUUGCCUCAAAACCGCGACAUCUUCAUGACAGCCGGUGGAGCCGGUAAUCUGCAUUUAUGGAAAUAUGAGUAUCCAGCCCAGAGAACUAAAAAGGGUGCGGAUGAUGUAGACAUGGGCGUCGCUGGCUCUGUGAACCUCCUGCAGAACGUCACUCUGUCCACACAACCCAUUUCCAGUCUCGACUGGAGCCCGGACAAACAGGGUCUCUGUGUUUGCUCUUCAUUUGACCAGUCUGUACGAGUCCUCAUUGUGACCAAACUCAACACAGUCUGACAUAACUUGAGUUCACUUCUCUACUGUUAUUCCCAAACAAACUGGAAAAUCUGAUGACUGUUUACAUGCCACGUGUAUAUCUUAAGUUUAUAUGUGCAGUUAUAUUUGAGUUUGUUUUUUUUAAGAAAACAAUUAAGUGUUAUAAUUCUUUGUGAAUUCUUUGUUAGCCGGUGUUUUUAUGCACAAUGUGAAGGCCUGUAACACCAUGGUAAAGUUAUUUUAAGAC